AUGACAGCCUCAUUUCCAAUUCACUCGCGACACGGUUUGUCGCUUCUCUGCGUCAUAACCGCAUUUAGCUUCAGUGCCAUCAUUGUCAUUUGGUUUGGCAUGAACUCCGACAGAGAAUACAUUCAUCCCGUCCUCACCCAGUUGAUCCCCGCCGGACACUGCGCCUGCGAAUCCUCCACCACCUUCCAAUGCUCGACAUGUCUCACCUGCCCCGAACCCGGUCUCCCAGCAGACACCUCCCGCGCUUGGUCCUUUGAAUAUACCCGGGAUGGUCGCAACGAGGCCCUAGGCAACAGCCAGUGCAAAUCCGCGUUCCUCGGGUUAUUCGAGGACUUCGCGCGCGGCGUCAAAUUCUGGUCUUCGCACGGUCGACUGUCGUCUGUGGACCUGGACACCAUCCCAAUCCAACAUGGUAUGGCGCGCGCAUUUAUCUCCAAUGGACGAUUAUAUGUGGUGGCGGCGCGAUCUAAGGGCGAGGAUCAUCGGCGGAAAAUUCUGGGGACGUUGAGCUCAAUCCAUCGUGCGCUGGCCGCCGACCCGGAACGAGUUUCUCGGCGAGACUUUGAAUUUGUGUUCUCGGUGGAAGAUAAGGUCGACGAUGUGACCAAUUCCGAAUGGCCGGUUUGGGUGUUUUCACGCACGUCCAGGGAAGAGGGAGUUUGGCUUAUGCCGGAUUUUAGCUUCUGGGCCUGGGAUAACCGGGACAAUUACAUGGGGCCAUAUGACCAGGUUGUUGAGCGAAUCGAGAGGAUGGAUAUCCCCUGGUCAGAGAAAACGCCUCGGUUGGUCUGGCGGGGGAAGCCCAGUUUCGCGCCAAAAUUGCGACGUGCGUUAAUGGAGGCCGCUAGGGACGAAUCGUGGGGCGAUGUUGAGCAGGUUGAUUGGAAUACGGGUUCGAAUGUCCUGAGGAUGGAAGAUCAUUGCCAUUAUAUGUUUAUUGCGCAUGUUGAAGGUCGCUCUUAUUCGGCUUCAUUAAAAUAUCGGCAGGCCUGCAAUUCUGUCAUUGUCGCACACAAACUCCAAUUCAUUCAACAUCACCACUAUCUAUUGGUGGCAGACGGUCCCAACCAAAACUAUAUCGAGGUCAAGCGCGAUUUCACCGACUUACCGGAAAAGAUGGAGCCCCUCGUUAGCAACACUAAACUUGCACAGCGCAUCGCUAACAACAGUGUGAAGACUUUCCGUGAGCGAUAUCUCACACCCGCCGCUGAAGCCUGUUACUGGCGGUCAUUGUUCGAUGGCUAUGCUGAUGUCUGGAUUGGGACCGUCGAGCAGUGGUCCGAAACCAAAGACCGCGAACGAGGGCUUCGAUACGAAUCGUUUGUCCUUCUAGAAAGCAUGAAGAUGUACGAAUUCGAGGCUACUAGAACUGCACAAUGA